GUUGCUGGGGUAACGGCGAGCGCGUGGGGCAGAAGAAGGAUAGUUCUCCAGGAAAAUGGCAGAAGCAAUAUUUCACGCCCCCAAAAGGAAAAGAAGGGUGUAUGAGAAUUACGAGUCUCCAUGGCCAAUCCCUUUCGGUCAGGACCGAAGUCUUGAGAAGGAAUUCAGGCUGUUCCGUGCGGAGAUGGUUAACAACUGGGUGAUUGUGAGGAGCCCACAGGACAUGGAGCAGCUGUACAGGAAAGGUUAUUUUGGAAAAGGUAUUCUUUCAAAAAGCCGUCCAAACUUCACAAUUUCAGAUCCUAAGCUGGUUGCUAAAUGGAAAGAUAUGAAGACAAACAUGCCUGUCAUCACGUCAGAGAAAUACCAGCGUCGUGUAGAGUGGGUGGCACAGCUCCUGGGCAGACAGGGGCAGGAUGAGAGUACAGUGCACAGAAUCAUCGAGGAUUACACAAAACCACUUGAGCAUCCCUGUAUAAAAAGAGACGAAGAGGUUCAGUUGCCUGCCGAGCUUACCUCUGAAAUGGUUUCCAACGUGGAAGGUACAGCGGGGAGAGAGAAACUUCCUGUGAUGAAUGGAGACUCUGGGAAGUCAGAUGCUGUGGAGGAUCUGAGCGAGCCCUCAGACUGCCCGCAGGAGGCCAGUGGGAGAGACGCACCAACUGUGGACAGCUCCCAUGACCACCUGGUCCAUGACGCUGCACCUCCACCCCACGUCAGCUGCCACACAGAAGCUGCUGUCAUCCCCCGGUGUGGCCCUCAUCCUGAGGACGGCAGCAAGCAGGCAUGUCUCCUCUGUGCAGGAGAGACCGGGCCUGCCCAUGAGUACGUGCUUGUGGAGGAAGUGCUGAGUGACAGGAACCAGAGGGAGGAUGCCCCAGAUGGGACAUUGGUACAAAGAAAGAGAUUAAUAUGCAGAAGAAAUCCAUAUAGGAUCUUUGAAUAUUUGCAGCUCAGCCUAGAAGAGGCCUUCUUCCUGGUCUAUGCCCUAGGAUGCCUAAGUAUCUACCAUGAGAAGGAGCCUUUAACAAUACUGAAGCUCUGGAAGACUUUCACCGUAGUUCAGCCCACAUUCAGGACGACCUACAUGGCCUACCACUACUUCCGGAGCAAGGGCUGGGUGCCCAAAGUGGGGCUCAAGUACGGCACAGAUCUAUUGCUGUAUCGGAAAGGCCCUCCAUUUUACCAUGCAAGUUACUCUGUCAUUAUUGAGCUGGUCAGUGAUCAUUUUGAAGGCUCUCUCCGCAGACCAUUCACUUGGAAGUCGCUGGCGGCCUUGAGCAGAGUUUCAGCUAACGUGUCUAAGGAACUUAUGCUGUGCUAUUUGAUUAAACCCUCUACCAUGACUGACAAAGAAAUGGAGUCACCAGAAUGUAUGAAAAGAAUUAAAGUUCAGGAGGUGAUUGUAAGUCGAUGGGUUUCUUCACGAGAGAGGAGUGAUCAAGAUGAACUUUAAAAGUCCAACCUCACGGCUCAGCGCCUAUAGCUCAACCGGCUAAGGCGCCAGCCA